AUGAAGCAGCACUCCACUGCGAACACGGGCUUCUUCCAGGAAUUGCCCGUGCUGCCGAACCAAUUUUUCGAAGAUUCUAGUUUCCAGAGGGUUCUAAGACUGUUCGUGCCGACACAUGUGAUCGAACGAGUUGAAGUUGAGUUGGCACAAUUCGGAGAGGAUGUCCUAUCCGAUCAGGUCUUUUCGUGGGUCACCGACUCUGAGAGACACAAGCCGUACUUGAAGGGAAAUGGCCGGGAUGCUUUCGGACGACCGAUAUCCGAACUUGUAGUCGGCGAAGGAUGGCGUGGCUUACAAGAUUUUGGCAUCAGGAACGGUAUCGUUGCUACAGGGUACGAUGCCUCCCUCGGGUCAUCCGCUCGGUUGGUUCAAUUCUUGAAGCUUCACUUAUGGGAAGGCUCGGCCUCGAACGUCCCUUGUCCGUCUGCCAUGCAAGAUGGAGCAGCUCGACUAUUGCAACUACAGCUGGCGAAGGAAAUGGACCCGGCCCGACGAAAGGUGCUUGGGAAUGCACUUCAACAUCUGUUGUCCAGGGAUCCAGCAACGGCGUGGACCAGCGGACAGUGGAUGACCGAGCGUACUGGCGGAAGCGAUGUCUCCCUCACCGAGACUGUGGCCCAGUACAUCCCGUCCGCGGAACCGGAACUGGCAAAUGCGGAGGAGAACAUCCCACUCGGACCAUGGUCAAUCUCAGGAUUCAAGUGGUUUUCCAGCGCCACCGAUUCGGCCAUGACCAUCCUUCUUGCAAGGACGCAGAACGGCAUCAGCACCUUCUUCGCGCCCAUGAGGAGGCACAGCACUUGUGAGACGACGAUGGCCGGAAGACCCAGAGGAAUUGCCGGCACGGAGCUGAACGGGGUUCGAAUCCAACGGCUGAAGAACAAGUCGGGUACGCAGUCACUGCCGACUGCCGAGCUCGAGCUAAACGGCAUGCGCGGAUGGCUCCUCGGCCAGGAAGGUCGCGGGAUCAACGAGAUAAGCACCGUUCUGACACUCACACGCAUCCACUCGGCCGUGGCUGCUGUGGGAUAUGUAGGCCGUGGUUUGGCGAUCGCAAGAGCAUACGCCAAGGUCAGACAGGUCGGCGCAGGACGAGGAGAGCGGAUGUUGUUGUCGGAAAGUCCGCUCCAUAUGCAGACACUUGCGGAUAUGACGGGGGAAUACCACGGCUUGAUGUUGCUGACAUUCUUCACGUCGUCCCUUCUGGGAUUAUACGAACAUCCAGAAACUGGCAGGCCAGGGGCAUUUAACGCUCCUGCUACCAUCACGCUGGACCCAAAACACGUUUCGCCACUGUUGCGCGUCCUGACACCACUUUGCAAAGCCUAUGUCUGCAAAAAGGCUAUCCCGUUGCUCUACAGCUGCAUGGAGGCUCUUGGCGGAGUUGGGUAUUUGCUCAAUGAAGAGACCGAGUAUCUCAACGUCGCCAGGCUCUACCGUGACUGCUGCGUGCUGUCGAUCUGGGAGGGGACUACCGACGUCCUUGCGACGGAUUUUCUACGCGCCUUGAAACAUGCCAAAGGAGGGGCCGAGUCAGUCGAAGCUUUGGAUGCCUUCUUCGCAAAGAACAAAUGGCCUGAGCAGCGCGGAUGUUCAACCGGUGGGAGUCCAGCUGACUCGUGGGAGGCUGUCAAGAAAGCCGUGGUCGGCAACUCACAAGCGGAGCUUGUUGGAGAUGCAAGGUAUCUCCUCUGGACUGUGGCCGAAGCAUUCAUCGGAUUGCUACUACACGUGGACUAUUGUAGGGAUGACAGUGGAGCGGCACUUGACAUUCUCUACCGCUACAGAGUUCGCUCCACAAGUGAGACUUUCGGAGGGCUAUACAAGGGGGCACGGGAUAGGCCACGCCUCAACAGCAAUGAUCAGUUGGAUAGAAACUUUGCCAUCGUGUAUGGCAGGUUAGGCUCGGACACUGCGCGGCUGCCAAAGUUGUAA